GUCAGCAUUCAGCGCAACCCCCAUUAAAAUUCUUACUUACAACUCCUUCUCUGUUGUCUGUCAAUAUAAAAAGUGAGGAAGAGGGAGUUUAACGCUGAAAUAUCGGAAGAUCAAGAAAACAUGGUGAAUCUUGGUACUUCUGUUACUGAAAGAGCGAACCGCCGUUUGAAGAGGGAUCGGCCAAUGAAGAACUGUAAUGAAGAAAGUGACGAUCUUUGUACGGAAGAAAGUGAAAGUGACGGAAAAAAGAAAUCUUUGGGCAAAAGGGCUCGGAAAAAUGACGGAUUUAUAAUCGAAGGGAGUGAAGUUGAAGAAAAAAUAAGCCAAGAGGAGGAAGAUAAUACAAAUCGAAGAAAAAGGAGCGAUGAUCGAAGAAGAAGCAAUCCGAUUGGAGCAAAGAAGGUGAAUUCGGAGAAUGUGCCAAAGCGCGUAACGAGCAAGGAUCAAGAUGGAUUUCGUAAAUCUAAUAUGUGUCAUCAAUGUCAAAGAAACGAUAAAGGAAAAGUCGUACGGUGCGUUGAAUGCAAAACAAAGCGAUAUUGCGUUCCCUGCAUGACCACCUGGUACCCGAAAAUGUCGGAGGAAGAUUUUGCAACACUUUGUCCCGUUUGUCGAAAUAAUUGCAACUGCAAAGCAUGUUUACGCAUGGAACUUCCGAUUAAGGGUCUUCUUGAAAUUCAGAAGAAGUCGUACCCCGAAAUUGACAAAGAUAAAGAGGUUCCGUACUCUAAAUACAUUAUCAAAGUGCUUCUGUCCUUUCUCGAACAGAUUAACACAGAGCAAGUGACGGAGCUCGAACUCGAAGCUAAGAUUAAAGGAUUAUCAGUUUCAGACAUUAAGAUUGAGGAUGCAGCAUGCAAUAAGUACGAGCGGAUCUAUUGUGAUGAAUGCCGAACAUCUAUUGCCGAUUACCAUAGAAGCUGUCCUCUGUGCUCCUAUGACCUCUGCCUUAGUUGUUGUAGAGAACGUAGGGAUCGCCAAAUUCGGGGAGGUGAAAACGGAAGACCUAUUAAAUUCGUCGACUAUGGCUUCGACUAUCUGCACGGUGGGGAAAAAGUAGAGAGUGAAGAUUUAAACAGUGUUGAAAUCAGAGUGUUGGAGGAAAACGGCAUUAUCCCGUGUCCACCGGAAGAUAAGGGAGGCUGCGGUGAAGGAGUUUUGGAACUCAAGUCCUUAUUACAAGAUGAACCAAUCCAAGAAUUGGUAAUCGAAGCAAGACAAAUACGCGAUGAACUCAACGUUGAACGCGUGUCUGAAAUUUCCGGGGGAAGCUGUACAUGUUCCGCAAUCGCCUCUCCAGAUACAACGAGCUGUAACUCGUGUAAAGCGGCCUCUCGGGAAGAUCCCUUCGACAACUCUUUGUACUGCCCGACGGCCGUAGACCUCACGCACGAGGAUCAUAAACAUUUUCAGUGGCACUGGUCGAAGGGCGAACCCGUAAUUGUUAGGGAUGUUCUUGAAACGACACUCGGGCUGAGCUGGGAACCCAUGGUUAUGUAUCGUGCCUUUCGUCAGAUUAAAAACCUUCAAUACGAGAAACUUCUCGAUGUCACCGCAAUAAAUUGCUUGAACUGGUGUGAGGUGGAUAUCAAUGUACUCCAAUUCUUUAAAGGGUAUUCCGAAGGUCGGUUCGACAGUAAAGGGUGGCCGGAAAUUCUGAAAUUGAAAGACUGGCACCCUUCCACUUUAUUUGAGAAGAAAUUUCCUCGUCACAAUGCCGAGUUUCUCAGCUGCUUACCGUUUAAGGAGUAUUCGCAUCCGCACAAGGGAUAUUUAAAUCUUGCAGUUAAACUGCCUAACGAGUCUUUAAAGCCCGACAUGGGCCCGAAAACCUAUAUAGCUUAUGGAUUCAAUGAAGAGCUAGUUCGUGGAGAUUCUGUAACAAAGCUUCACUGUGACGUGUCUGAUGUGGUGAAUGUAUUGACGCAUGUGCAAUCAGUUAGCGUAAGCCCCGUAAACCAAGACGCAAUUCGAAAGUUGAAAGAGAAGCACGCCGAACAGGAUAGAAGGGAGAUUCCUGAAGUUGCGCGGAUGGCAAAUCGGGGAAAAGAUGUCGUAAACGCCCCGGAAAGUGGUGUAACAUGUCACGAUGUGAAUAAUGAUCCCAAGAGUGGAGCUCUUUGGGACAUCUUUAGAAAGCAAGAUGUCCCGAAGUUGGAGGAGUACAUAAAACGGCACUUUAACGAGUUUAGGCAUAUUUACGGCAAUCUUCUUCCCGAGGUCAUUCAUCCAAUUCACGACCAAACCGUUUACUUGAAUGCGGAGCACAAAAGGAGACUUAAGGAGGAAUACGGAAUUGAGCCGUGGACGUUUAUACAGAGAUUAGGCGAUGCGGUUUUUAUACCAGCUGGUUGCCCUCAUCAAGUUCGGAACUUGAAGUCAUGCAUUAAGGUUGCAGUGGAUUUUGUGUCACCUGAAAACGUCGAUUCGUGCUUCAAACUGACCGAAGAAUUUCGCAUGCUUCCCCAUAAUCACAGGGCUAAAGAAGACAAGCUAGAGGUGAAGAAAAUGAUCAUUCAUGCGUUGCGUGCUGCCGUGGAUGAUGUGAAGGGUGUGUGUAAAGGACAAUACGUUAAAAAAGGGGCCAGCAAAUCCGCCAAAAAGGGGGCCAAAAGGCGGAACUUGUUGAAAACGUAGAAAUCUUUCUUUUACCGUGUUGCUGUUUCAUCAUUUUAGUUAAGGCCAUUAUCAAUAUUUUGGUUUUGGUUGUUUGCUUCGUUAUCUGGUCAAAUUUGUUUAUCCGGUCCCAAAAGAUCGAUGGUUGUUAUUCCGAACACGCUACAAUGCUUAUAAUGUAGCAUCAUGAGAAAGGCCUUUUCAAUUUUAAUCGAACUGAAAGAGAGUUGCGCAUUUUUUUGAUAUCUCGUGCAUCGCGCAGGGGUCAAA